AUGAGUACAGAGUACUGCUCCCUCGGCAUUUCUAUGUGUGAGGCAACAGAUGACUCUUUGAUUGUAGCGCGGGAUCUCGCAUCGUUGGAGCGUUCAUGUCUCGCUAUGGAACAAUUCCAGGCCGCUUACGGAUGGCUGACUAACUGGGACAAAUCUGCGCUGUUUCUUCUCAAUGUCCCCGAUCCUCCUGAUUCCCAUUCCUUGCCAUCGGUCUCGCCAACUAACCCAACCUCGCAGACAGUAUGCAGACACUCAGUUCGUGUGAUUCAUUCACACAUCGAAUUUCUACGUGUACGGAUUAAUGAUCCAAAUACUCAGUUCACGAAGAUACGUGAUAUCAUUGUAUCAUUCGCGCUUCCACACCUCCCUUGCCAACUACCUCUAACGGUACUACGUCGCAUCAUUUCGCAAUGCCUCAUAUCUCGUGUUCGCCCAUUGUUGGCCUUUCAACCGAUAACUAGGACUCAAGCGGUUGAACUCGAUCAUCUUCUUGCUCGGCACAUACAUGAAUACUAUCACUUUCCCUUUCACUUUAACUCAGCACUUUUGACCUUGCCCGUGGAAUCAUUUGGAUUUGGUUUCCCCUCUAUUUCAAGACUAAACAGUACACUCGCUCUGCAGGGAAUGUUGCGCGACCUUAGUCACCACAUCCUGGCAUUUCGGACCAUGGCCGCAAUCACCCUGGCAGAUUGGAUGUGUGGUCUCAAUCACUGCGUCUAUCCCCUCGACGGGCCAUCUGUGGAUCGCAGUUUCUCACGCUGCCGACACAGCUUGCCUUCACUCUGGAUCACUGCGCAUGACACACUACGUGGUGCCGGUCUGACAGUCCCAACAACUGAUCAGUCUUUCCUCUUGGGAGAUGUUGCACUACGACACCUACUGCGUGCAUGCCCAUCUUUAUCAUUUCCACUUUCCUCCUAUGAUGUAUCGGCUCUUGAGACUGAAGGUUAUUGUCGCCUUGGUGACCUUGCACUAGUGGCUCAGACGGACCUUCCUCGUCUUCGUCUUCGACUCUCUGACGCGUCCCUUUGCUCGGUUGGCAGAUGGCUGCAAUGUCUCAAUGCAGAUGCAUUGUCGAAUAUCUACCUCGGCAUGCGGCCAGAGCAACCAGCACUGAUGGAUCGCUCCUCACUGCUCUAUCCUCGGGACAUUCGACGAUAUCACACUGAGGCCGCGCUAUUAGGAGCUACGCAUGUCAGCCGACAACUCCCGCGUCAGCACCUACCGGAUUCCUUGAUUGCUUGUGACGGCUCUAUGAUUCCUGCUCAAGGGACUCCGGACAGUGUGCGGUCCGUGACGUUUGCUGUCACCACGUCUGUAGGAUCACUCACUGGCUCAUUGGACAAGUAUGCCAAUGGGGCUACAAUUCUACAUGGCGAGCUUUAUGGCAUGAUUGUGUCCGCCCUGCUAGCGCGUUCAGGAAAUAUUGACAAUGGUACAAUUCACUCUGAUCAUCUUAAUGCCAUCCGCGUGAUUAACUCCGGUCUUCUCGCGCCCCUCCUACCUCACGCAUGGUCUCCCCUUCCUGCACGAUCGUUGUAUCGGUGGCUACACUCCAUCAUAUCGUCGUCUGCCAAACCUCCAGCUCUCAUUCAUGUCAAAGCACACACCGACUCAUCGUCUUUGCCUGCACGAGCGAACGCAUUAGUAGAUGCUAUUGCUCAUGACUCUCACUCUCAGGUCAUUCGACCCUAUCCCGUGCCAUAUGCUACAUUUGAAUUGGACAGUUUCGUUUUAUAUUCCCCUUCAUUGAAGUUUAUUGAAAGUCCAUUGCCGUCUUUGCUUACUCACAUACUUUGCAAUCACACUGCAGCUGAUCCGACCUUCGUCCCUGGUCGUACCCUCGCACUGCCUCUUUAUGACUUGCAUGCGCCGCCGGAUCAUCCCUACGUGCGAACGCCGUACGCAUAUUCAGCGCUGGUACAGCUCUAUGCGAGAUCACGCCAACUGGACUCCGCGAGUGUACGGUUUGCCCGUAUGGGAGACAUAUCACCGUGGUGCCAGUUUGGGUGUGAGUGUCUGGAAACGCCGCAUCAUCUAUUUGUCAAGUGUCGUCGUUUCGCGGAAUCGCGCAACAAGUCGUCGCAGGAAGUGGUAGAUACAACUUCCAUGCUUCUUUUUGAAGCAAAAACCACUGUUCAAACAACGGAUGUUUAUCUACACUCCGCACGGCGCUUGUUCGUCGACGAUGCUUCGGUGUGGCCUUUGCGCGAGACUCGCUAUUACUUAGGAACUGUACCUGCGAUUCAAACACCUGAUCAAAUAUCCAGUGUGUUGGCGACAAAAAUUGCGCACGUAUGGCACGGUGCAAGUAUUCGUUUGGCAGGGCAAAUUUGGGGGAUGUACAAGCGUACUACGAAUCCAUUGGUCGGAAAGGCUGAACGUGUGUUUGAUUUGCCUAGACAUUUGCGGCAUUUACAGUCACUUUCAUAA